GCGGCCGCGGCUGCGGGGUCGAGCCGGGGAGCGGGACCCGCGGUUCGCGCUAAGAUGGCCGCUCGGGCCCGGGCCGUUUUCAGAUGCCGUGGGCGUGUGAACAGAGGCGUGUCUGGGUUGCGUGUUUCUCAGAGGGACUCCGUGAACGCUAGCGAUGGAUAAGUGCAAACACAUUGGGCAGCUGCAGCUUGCUCAAGACCAUUCCAUCCUCAGCCCUCAGAAGUGGCACUGUGCGGACUGCAGCACCACCGAGUCCGUCUGGGCCUGCCUCAGCUGUCCGCACGUCGCCUGUGGGCGCUACAUUCAGGAGCACGCGCUCAAGCACUUUCAGGAAAGCAGCCAUCCUGUUGCGCUGGAAGUGAACGAGAUGUACGUUUUCUGUUACCUCUGUGACGAUUAUGUCCUGAACGACAAUGCAGCUGGAGACAUGAAGUUACUCCGAAGUACAUUAAGUGCAAUCAGAAGUCAGAAUUACUGUACCACGCGGAGCGGAAGGGUUUUACGGCCUGUGGAUACAAGUGGCGACUCCUGCCUCUUCCACAGCGACACCCAGCCUCAGCUUCGGAAUGAAGGUCAAAUGUGUGCUGCUCUUUGGCACAGGAGAAGGAUGCUCAUGGGGAGAACCUUUCGGACUUGGUUUGAACAAUCGCCCAUUGCAAGAAAAAGGCAAGAAGAACAACUUCAGGAAAAAAUAGCAAAAAGAGAAGUGAAAAAAAGACAGCAAGAGCUGUUAGGGUGUGAAGGGAGAGCAGAGCUGGAAAGUGCGCCUCCCAGAAAGAGCUCGCGUUUGCAAGGUGUGGCUCACUCUGCUCGCUCUGCCUCGGUGGCUGUGGCUCCUGUUCGGGUCCCCCCACAAACCCCAGCGUCACCAGCCAAGGGGAAAGUCGUGUGUACCUUAGAGCACGGGAGGCUGGAAAAAGCCAGCGACGCCUCCGCUAAACAAAGGCCGGUAGUGACUCCUGGUGUAACGGGAUUGAGAAAUUUGGGGAAUACUUGCUAUAUGAAUUCUGUGCUUCAAGUGCUGAGUCAUUUACUUAUCUUUCGACAGUGUUUUUUAAAGCUUGACCUGAACCAGUGGCUGGCUGUGACUGCUGGUGACAAUACAGGAUCCUACAGCCGUCCUUCCGCGGCAGAUAGCCUGGUGUAUCAAAUGAGUGAGUGCCGUGACAAAGACCCAGGCUUUCUUUGCUCCAGACACUCAAGCAUAUCACCAAGACUAAGUGGCGGGGCAUUAAAAAGCGGAAAUACGGAACUUAUCCAAGCCAGGGAGCCCAGUUCACAGUGUUUAUCUCUCUGUCACGAACUGCAUACCUUGUUCCAGGUCAUGUGGUCUGGAAAGUGGACCCUGGUCUCACCCUUCGCUAUGCUGCGCUCCGUGUGGCGGGUAAUUCCUGCUUUUCGUGGUUAUGCCCAACAAGAUGCUCAGGAAUUUCUCUGUGAACUUCUGGAUAAAAUACAAAAUGAACUAGAGACAACGGGGAGGGUGCCGGCGCUUCUCCCCACUUCUCAGAGGAAACUUAUCAAGCAAGUUCUGAAUGUUGUAAAUAACAUUUUUCAUGGGCAACUUCUUAGUCAGGUUACGUGUCUUGCGUGUGACAACAAAUCAAAUACCAUAGAGCCUUUCUGGGACCUGUCAUUGGAAUUUCCGGAAAGAUACCAGUGCCCCGGGAGAGACGCUACCUCGCAGCCAUGUUCGGUUACUGAAAUGUUGGCCAAAUUCACAGAAACUGAAGCUUUAGAAGGAAAAGUCUACGUGUGUGAGCACUGUAACUCGAAGCGUGGGAGGUUCUCCUCAAAGCCGCUCACACUCACAGAAGCCCGGAAGCAGCUCCUGAUCUGCCGCCUGCCACAGGUUCUCAGGCUACACCUCAAGCGGUUCAGGUGGUCAGGACGCAAUGACCGAGAGAAGAUCGGGGUUCACGUGGGCUUUGAGGAGAUCUUAAACAUGGAGCCCUACUGCUGCAGCGAGGCCGUGAGGUCACGCAGGCCCGAGUGCUUUCUGUACGACCUGUCUGCUGUGGUCAUGCACCACGGGAAGGGGUUCGGCUCUGGACACUACACGGCCUACUGCUACAACUCGGAAGGAGGGUUCUGGGUGCACUGCAACGACUCCAAGCUGAGCAUGUGCACCAUGGCCGAGGUGUGCAAGGCCCAGGCUUACAUCCUGUUCUACACCCGGCGCGUCCCUGAGAGCGGCCACCCGGAGCUCCCGGCGGACGUCACGGACUCCCCCGCUGGAGAGAGCCCAGCACCCCGCUUUGCUUGUUGAAACUUGAAGACUUUUUUUUAAAGGCGGAGUUAUAAUUUGGGGCCUUUUUUUUUUUUUUUUUUUUUUAAACUUAAUCAGUGCAGGGCUGGGGAUACAGCUCGGCGGUACUGCACCUGCCUGUCAACUGUGAGGUCAUGAGUUCGAUUCCCAGGACAAAAAGAACCAUGCAUACUACACGUACAUAUUUUGUAUCUAACAAAACUUUUUUACAGAGAUGAAACAAAUACAUACUUUUCAAGUACUUGGUUGUUUAAACCGUUUACCUCAGGCUCAUGUUACCUCUUACAGCAAAUGUCUUACUUGGCUCCAAUCAUGAAUUUGUGCGAUCUCCUGAAAUGCAGGGGACACUUUACAUACAUUUGUCACAUCUUUUGUACCUGCUUCUAUACAGCUGUAAAUAGGUGGAAAAUUGGACAGUUUCUUUACAAGUAAUCUUAACCAAAAAAAGGAAAAGGACAUUUCUUACAGGCCAUUUGUGUCCUGAAGUCACCUUGCCCCGUGAAGCUAAAGCAUUGAAAGUGACACGGCAAGGCCUCACACCCAGCAGUCACACUUGGUGACAUUCCCGAGGCUCUGCACAUGACGGGGCUCAGAAGAGAUUAAUUUGAUCAAUGGAAUUUGAUUUAAAAUUGUAACAAUUGUUGGAAGCUGAGGCAGGAGGAUCGCUGUGACUUUCAAGGCCAGCCUGGGCUACAUAGCAAGACCCUGUCUCAAAAACACAACAAAAAAAUUUUAUAACAACUGUUCUUUAUUUGGCAUAGUCAAACUAUAUCUACAUGAAAAUGGCAGAUUUACAAAUGUAAUUUUAAGUGAACUUUGUAACUACGGGUAUGAAAAGGAAGAGAUGGCUGGGGCUUGAGUUUACCGAACGUGGAUUAUGUUUUACGUAGUUUAUCUUGGGUGUGAGUUCAUUCUGUUUGAUAACAUAUCUCGUAAAGCUUUAUAUAGCUUGAGAUUGUUAAUGUAAGGGAAUAAAAAAGUCCUGAAACAAAAACUCCAUAAGCUGCAGAAGGUCACCAUUGGCAACUGGGCUAACGUGUAGCGUCUCAUUUUGCUCAAGAGCUGAAGCCUGGAUUUUUUACUUUUGCUAGGAUGCUCUAAGUACUGGAAACCUCCUACAUAUCAUGGGGCCUUGGCCUUCUUCAAAGCACAGUAAAAACUACCCAGGUUUGUAUUAACAGCACAGUGUGAGCUGGGUGCGGUGGCGCACACCUGUAGUCCUAGCGCUCAGGAGGCUGAGGCAAGAGGAUCGCUGUUUGAGGCCAGCCUGGGCUGCAAAGUGAGUUCAAUGGCAGCACCCUGUCUCACAACCAAAAGAAGAGCACAGUGUGAGACGCUCUUCGCUCCUCCCUAAUAACCGCAGUACAUUUUCUUGAAGUCCUGAUGCUAAUUUAAAAGGAGAGGGUCCACUCGCUUCUGUAGCGCGGCGACAUAAGAUCACAAGCCCCUGGUAAUCACUGUUAGCAUUUGUCUCUUCUCUGAAAUAAAUUCAUUUGCAGCUUGAAAUCCAAUGAAAAGUAAUAUCCUGUGACUAUUUGCCACAGAUGGUCACUUGUAAGUAUGAAUUUGAAAGGGACCUCUACUAGCACAUUUCAAAAGGUUUCAAGAAACAAAUUACCUGGAGCAGCUGGUGGUGAAAUGCAGAGAGAAUUUUUUGACCAAAUAGCUUGUGCCAAAGAACAGCUGAAGUAUUCAAUGGCUAGGGCUAAAACUGCUGGUUUACUGAACUCUGUGCAGGCUGUGAUCUCCGCUGUUACACACUUAUACCUCAUUAAAGACUGACGUGUCUCAUCUUGCCUUGCAAGCACUUUGUUUUUCCGCCAUAUACUCCAGGCUGGCCUCCAACCCAGGAUUCCCCAGUUCAAGGACUAUUUUUAAAAUGUCAAACAUUGUAGCACCUGGUUUUUACCAUAUAUUAAAAGAAAAAACUUAAAAGCUGUAUUUGUAAUGGCGUAAUUGCUUGUAUUUCAUUCUGAAAAUAUACUAACAGCUAUGGCGGAGAGGGAGGCGCUGGGGUGGCCAUGGUAUAUGGGAAAUGUGUUUCCCACUAAAUUAUGAUUUUAAACCUGAAUGAGUAACAAAUUUAGAUUCCUUACUAAGUAUCCCAAGUCUCAAGAUGGACUUCUACAUUCUGCUAUGUUGACCUAAUAGCUACGUUGAUCUAACAAAAAACGACAUGUUUUGGUUGUAAAAUAAUUUACUAAAGGCACUAUUGUUAAACAUCAAACUAAUUAACUUGUUGCCAGUAAGGUACAUCAUCGUAAACAGAACAAAAUGAUUCCGAGAGAUACACGGCUAGUAGGCAAGCACAGAUUUCCCUUAGUGAGCACUUUCCUAUUUACAGAUCUUUCCCUUCCAGCCAUUCCAGGGACAGCGAUGCCACUGCUCCCAACACUUAUCUGAGAAGGUUACUGCUGACUGCUAAAGAUGCUAGGAAAGCUCCAAGCCUUCAUUCAGGAGUCUUUAAAUCCUAGGUUUAGAAAACAAAACAUCCAGACAUAAACUCGUGAGCUCUGCCAUUUGUACAGCAUCACAGAAAAUGGACAAGGUAUUCCAAGGGAGCUACUGGACAUUAGCACCGUAACAGCUCAGACAGCUAAAAUCUAGAUUGUUUUCCCACAAGGUAACAUUCAUUUACAGCUCUAAUGCAGAAAGAGCAGCUCUUGAAUGGAACGAAUGAUUUAGGUACAUAGGUUUCUUUUAAGAGAAAAACAUUAACAGAACUAAAUAGCAUCCCAGAGGCAAUAAAAUCUCAUCGUGCUAAAGCAUACACAAGUUAAGGCUUUACCUUGGCACAGGAUGAUUCUGAAAUUAUGUUGGAACAUUCCUAACAAAUCAUAUUCAAGCAAUAGAAGAGUCGGUAGUGGGGCUAAGUUCAGACAAGUCAGCGUCCGGCACCCUUACAUUCAACUGGACACGGCUGCCCGAAGGAGCACGAGAACCCAGGCCAGCCAUGGGAAAGGGGUGAGAGCACGGGCGCUCUAGUGAGAAGGCCUUGAGCCUUCAAUCUAACUUUCAAACUAUUACAAUCAAAACAUAGUUUGCCCAUUCUUUGCUUUUGUGGCUUUAAAGCCCUUUUGGUUUUUGAGUAAGAUGAAUACUGAGAUUUUUACUACACUGAACUUUUUCAAGUUUGCACAAUUUUCCUAUUAAGUCAUGUUUCAGUGUAUCUUUCCAGUGUCAGGAAAAAAAUGAAAGAUGGGUACUAGUAAGGUUCUAUAAAGUCAAAAUAGCCCUAAAACUAUUUGUUUAUGAAGAACAGGUGACUGUCCCGUUCUAUGCACAGGAAGAUCCUGUUUUAGACACUGUCAGAAGAAUGUGUCCAUGUAAGACAGCUACAGUCCAGGUAAAAGUCUACAUUGGAGUUACUUCCUGCUCACAAUUACAACCACAGACAUUAAAAUGUAGCUCUCAGAUCUGAAAAUGUCUUUAUUUUUUAGAAAAUGGAUUCCAGGAAGGUU